AUGUUCCCUGAGGCAGACGAUACAGCCACAAAUAUCAAAUUUGGAAUAUGGGCAGCAAUUGGAUAUUUUUUACUUUUUGCAAUGCUUCAAUUUCGAGAUGGACCUUUCAUUCGACCACAUCCAGCUUUUUGGAGAAUAGUAUUGGGUUUAGGUGUAUUAUAUCAAAUGUUUCUUGUAUUCCUGUUGUUUCAGAAUAAACGUGAUGCAAGAUAUAUACUCUCAUGUAUUGAUCCCUCAUUGGGAGUACCAUUACCUGAACGCUCAUAUGCCGAAAAUUGUGAGUUAACUUUUGAAAAUGUUAAGAAUCAGCUUGAUAUCUUUGUCGUAUAUCAUAUUACUGGAUGGUAUGCAAAAGCUUUAGUACUUCGUGAUUAUUGGUUUUGUUGGAUUUUAUCAGUCAUGUUUGAAGUUAUGGAAUAUACAUUACAACAUCAAUUACCUAACUUUGCCGAAUGUUGGUGGGAUCAUUGGAUUCUUGAUGUUUUGAUUUGUAAUUGGGCAGGAUUAUAUCUAGGAAUGAAGACAUGUGAAUAUUUCGAAAUGAAAGGUUAUUCAUGGAGAGGGAUUAGACAAAUAAGUUCAUUAAAAGGCAAAGUUAAACGUACAGUUCAACAAUUUACACCACAUCAUUGGACAAAAUUUGAAUGGGGAACAACGAAAAGUUUUAAAAAUUAUUUGGCAGUGAUUGGACUUUUAUUUCUAGCGGAAUUAAAUUCUUUUUAUUUGAAAUAUCUUCUAUGGGCACCGGCGGAGCAUCCAAUAAACUCAUGUCGUGCUAUUUUACUUUUUAUGUGUUCUAUUCCUGCAACUCGAGAAGCAUACCAAUAUCUUACCGACAAGGAAUGUAAAAGAUUUGGUCCACAAGCUUGGUUGACUAUUGCAAAUGUAAUGACAGAAACAGUAAUAUGCUUUAAAUUUGGUAGAGGAGAAUUUCCUGAACCUGCACCAACAAAUGUUAUUGUAUUUUGGAUAGUAUUGAUAACAGUUUUGAUCGGUUAUGCCAUAUGGCAAUUUGGUUUACCAUAUUUAAAUGAAAAAUUGAAAUCUAAUUCACGUAUAAAAAAUGUGAAAAAGGAAUAA